CAGCCUGUUUGGAAAAGUGCUUGAGAACAUCCAGAAGUGAUUGGAGGAGCAGAAAACCCUUCCCCCCUGCACCUGACUUGCGGGUAUUUACGGCACUUUUCAAGGCGCCUCUGCAGUGCCACUACACAGCGGAGUGCAUGGAGCAGACAAUGCGAUAGGGACCGAUGCGCUCGCAGUGAUAGUGUGCGUGUUUGCUGCACCGCUGCGUCGACCCGAAAGGAGACUCUGCAAGAAGGAGAAAGCCUGCGUUCAAAAUGCCACGCUCCUUCCUGGUCAAGAAACAUUUCAAUUCAUCUAAGAAGCCAAACUACAGCGAACUGGACACUCAUACAGUGAUUAUAUCCCCAUACCUGUAUGAAAGCUACCCGGUCCCUAUCAUACCGCAGCCAGAGAUCCUGAGCUCUGUAGCUUACAACCCCAUUACUGUGUGGACUACAACCGGGCUGCUACCAUCUCCUCUACCCAAUGACCUCUCUCCGCUUUCUGGAUACCCCUCAUCUUUGGGAAGAGUCAGCCCACCUCCACCAUCCGACACCUCCUCCAAAGAUCACAGCGGUUCAGAAAGUCCCAUUAGCGAUGAAGAAGAGAGAAUCCAGUCCAAGCUUUCAGACCCUCAUGCCAUCGAAGCUGAAAAGUUUCAGUGCAGUUUAUGCAACAAGACCUACUCCACUUUCUCUGGGUUGGCCAAACACAAGCAGCUGCAUUGUGAUGCCCAGUCUAGGAAAUCGUUCAGCUGCAAGUACUGUGACAAGGAGUAUGUCAGCCUGGGAGCACUUAAGAUGCACAUCAGGACCCACACGCUACCUUGUGUCUGCAAGAUCUGCGGCAAGGCUUUCUCCAGACCCUGGCUACUUCAAGGGCACAUCAGAACCCACACUGGAGAGAAACCGUUUUCCUGUCCUCACUGCAACAGGGCUUUUGCAGACAGAUCCAAUCUGAGGGCUCAUUUGCAGACCCACUCGGAUGUGAAGAAAUACCAGUGCAAAAAUUGCUCCAAAACUUUCUCCAGAAUGUCUCUUCUGCACAAACAUGAGGAAUCUGGCUGCUGUGUAGCACACUGAGUCAUGCAGUCAAUGUUUACCUGGACUCAAUGCAUUUCUCCACUCCUGUUCCAAAUGAUAAGUGGAAAUCCAAAGGCAUUUUCUCUUCCACUUUCCAGCCAAAAAAAAAAAAAAAAACCAAAAAAACCAACAAACAAACAAAGUAGUGGAAGAACUUAGAAUGUCAGUAGAAAGGAGCCUUAAGUAGUUCUGUUUAGUUACACAUUCACAUUCUUAAGUGUGAACUCUGAGAUACGGGAAAAGAUGCCAUGCAUGACAUUUCAAGUAGAUUUAAAGGAAGAAGCAUUAUCAGCUUUCUUUAUAGAUGAAGCCAAAUCUGUGUAGUCUUUUCUUGCUUAGGAAAGGCUGCAAAGUUACUGAUACAUUCCUGCCAAGCCAUUUCAACCAAAGAAACAGUAUUUUAAUGGAACUUUUGAUAAAAAAAAAUACUACCCAAGUGAAUUUUACUAGACACCAUUAAUCUCAGGUGCCUUAAAAAGUAUUCCAAGUUUACCUUAGUAAAUGUUUAAUAUUAUUCAUUGCUGUGUUGUUUUUUUUUAAAAAAGUUUUAUUUUAUUAAAGCCAAGGCCUUCACUAAUGAUCUAAAAUGCUUUAAAGAGGGAUAAUUAAGAGAGGAAAAUGUGUAAGAGAAUGUACAAAAAACUCAAAGCCACGAAGUAACCGCAUGUGCCUUUAUUAAAAAAAAAAAAAAAAAAAAAAAAGAAAAAGGAAAAAAAAGAAGACUGUAGCUUCAAACAUUCCUGGUGCAUGCCUGACCAUCUUCUAAUAUGGAAUCGUUCCUCUAAACUUUGCUAUUUUUUAAAAACGGGAAUAAGUGCAAGAGAGGGGACUCAUGGGAGUUUGACAAUUAUUUUUUUGUUAAAUGCACAAAGGAAAUGCAAUAUUUUCAGCAUUACCCCUCCAAGUGCCUUUUUUAUUGAUGAUUUUGUAAAGUAUGUGGACAUAAUGUAAAUAUUUUUAUUUUUAUAUGACUGAAUGUGUUAUGAAUGAAAGUGAAUUGUUGCCUAUAGCAGCAUCUAUAGAUAACUUGAAGAAAGCGUGAAGUGAAAUUUAUGGUUUUUUUCUAGCCACUUUUUUACAAUAAACAUUUUUAAAUAA